UUUAUCACUUUUUUAUACAGCUGCUGAUUGGGAGUAAUAUAUUUACAUUGUUUUGUUAAAGUAAUCUUCAUAAUGAUGGAAAUGAAAGAAAAUGAUUUGAACGAAAACAUGGAAGGUAUUGAUUUACUAGAAUAUUGCUUUUAUCACAAAUUUCUUUUAGUGGAAGAGCUGGUACUACAAAAAAACUUUUUAAAAUUACACCACGGACGUUGCGCUGUGAUCGGCAAAUUGAUUCAACACCAAAAUGGUUACCCCGUGCUGGAAAAUAUCAACCAAUCCUCAAUAUUACCCAGGGCUUGCAAUCUACCGGAAGGCACAGUAAAUUUGCGACUAUUUAAAUUCGUCACCGCCGACGUUGAAUUAAAAUUUGGGCAAUAUUGUGAAGUUUGUGGUGAAGUAGUCCUUUGGAAUCCCAAUAGCUCCCGUGACAACUGGUUGUCUAUGACACCUCGUGGCGCAGUUGAGUUAGAAUUGAAGAAUUGUGAUAAAGUAGUUAGAAAACAAAAGAUUGAGAAGUUAUGCGAUACGUACCUUCCAGCAAUUAAUAUAUUUAGAGUAGAUUACAUAGAUUGUGCCGUGGAACUCAUUCAAAGACAUUUAAAAAUUCGACUGCUUACUCCGAAUCAUAAAAGAAGUAAUUAAAAAUGUAUGCUUUUGGAAAAAGAUGUGUAAAAUUGCAAAAGUUAGCUGAGAUCUAUACAAAAGAGCGAAUUUUUGCAUGGAGAAACGAUUUUGCAAUAUAUCUUAUGCAUGAUGAGAGCAUUCGAUGGUGGAUGGUGUGCGUCAAGUAAACAAAAACCAAAACAAAAAUUAGCGAACCGGCACGUGUGAAACUAUUGCCCACACUACCCUCACAUAAUACGAAUUUAAAAUGUCUACCAUUUAGAGCCACGCAAAUUCUCAUUUGUAGCUGCGCAGUAUGAGCAUUAUAAGCAGUGAGCUACUACCUCUACAACCACCAUUACUAUUGCCUAUGAUGGAAUCACCCCUCCUGCCUUCAAAUAUGUACUUAAUAUAUGCGAUGCGUUUGUAUGACUCUACAAACAUGUACGAGUACGUUCUAGUCGGCUGCGCAAACCCAUUCAAAUAAGAAAAUAAUAAAAACUACAAAACCAACUAAAAGCGGCACAGACACAAUUUGAUGGUGAGGCCAGCAAGUCACAAAUACCAAAGGUAGCGGAAGGCAGUAAAGUUAAGUGACAUUUCAAUUUUAUUAAAAAACAAUGAACAAUUAACCGUUACUGCUUCAAUUAAUUGGCACAUAACGGACGUGUAAACAUACUUACCUAUGUGCACAUAUACAAACAAACGUUUAAUGUGAUGUUUUUGUUAUCAGUGGAAAUCGAAUAUUUGUGUGCUAUUGGAAAGUCAGCUGCAAAUAAACGCGAAUAACAAGGGAGGAAACCAAAAUAAACGACAUACUGAUAAGUUUUUACAGUUAAAUGAGUUUUGUGAUAAUUUUGUGAAGUAGUAUUGUUUGUGAAAAUUGUAAGCAAAUAAUGCUUUGAAUUUUGUCACUGUUAUAAAAAGAAUUGUGUCAUUAAAUGUUAUAUAGACUUGUUCAAAUAA